AUGUCGCAGAACAUCGAGCUUGGUGUCCAGACGGAGAAGGCGUUCCAGAAGCAGCCCAUCUUCUACAACUCGAAGGCUGCCAGGAAGACCACCCGUGACCGCCGCUGGUACAAGGAUGUCGGUCUUGGCUUCAAGACCCCCCGUGCCGCCAUCGAGGGCACCUACAUCGACAAGAAGUGCCCCUGGACCGGCCUCGUCUCGAUCCGCGGCCGUAUCCUGACCGGCCGCGUCGUCUCGACCAAGAUGACCCGCACCCUCAUCAUCCGCCGCGAGUACCUCCACUACGUCCCCAAGUACCAGCGAUACGAGAAGAGGCACAAGAACCUCGCCGCCCACGUCUCGCCCGCCUUCCGUGUCGAGGUCGGCGACACCGUCACCGUCGGCCAGUGCCGCCCCCUCUCCAAGACCGUCCGCUUCAACGUGCUCAAGGUCUCGAAGAACAAGAGCGCCGAAAAAGCGGCAAAGCAGUUCGGAAAGUUCUAA